AUGCAGCUCGUAAAGAUAUACGAUCUAGGAGAUCUUGAAGUGUUGAAUAGGUAUACCAAUUCUGGUCCUAUAAGUGACUUUUGUGUAAUCAACAAGCCUGGCGGUCGACGGAAGAUUCUUAUGUGUGAUGGAACACGUGAAAUGAGUUUCCUUGAGUCGUCUAAAAAAACCCCACAAAUCAUCAGUGUAUGGUCACUAAAAUCUUUCGCUUUCGAAGCCAAUCACACAUACCUCAUCUUGCAAACAUUGGACCUUGUUGUCAUUGUGUACGCUCUAGUUGAUAAUACUUUCGUAGAUCGCAGUGACAUGAUGAACGGUUUCAAAUAUGGUGUAACCACUGUAUACUACCAACUUUGUAGCUACAGACAAUUCGCACAAGUAUGUACUGAAGGGUCUGUGAGAUUGCUUAAUUCCAAGACUGGAGUAUUGAAACAUUCGUGGAAUCCUGGAUCUCCAAUAUCGUGUGCAUCUGCAACCAAUAAGCAGAUUCUUUUGGCAAUUGGUAAUCAUUUGGUAUACCUUGAAGUUGGAGUUGGACAAUUGAUAGAACACAAGCGAGUUCAGCUGGACCGUGAUAUUGACUGCCUUGAUAUAAGCCCCCUUGGUUGUGAGAAUCUUUACUUUAGUCAACUAGCUGCAGUUGGGACAUGGAAGGAAACAAAGUUCAGAUUUGUUCGCUUCCAGGGUUGA